UUGUCAUCAGCGUUUCUAUUUUUGGGGAGUUCCUGAAUGGCUCCCAGCACCCCUAAAUUUCGGAUCCUACAAACGCCCCUGGAGACUGUCAAAUGAAGUUCACCUGUAAAGUAUUGCAGCAUCGAAACCCCGCCCCCCCCCCUCCUUCCCGCCCAGCGCGAUUACGUCACAUGGCGAAGAGUAGACCCAAACAAAGGCAAAGUCGCUCGGCUCGCUCACUUCUCGGUCCUCCCGGUCCGGAUAAAAAGUUCUACCGGACCCGCAGCGGACUCAUCUAUUUGGCUUCAAAAGGGAACAGAACACAACUAAAAAGUCCGCUUUCGGAUGUAAAACAAACUCUUUCUGCCUUGCUUUUCACCGCCCGUCUGCCGCUGGUUUGCGCAACCGAGAAGCAGGCGUCACACCCCGGCCAGCCCGUUCAGCUUUCCCCGGGAGCACAGCUGCCGCUAUGGCCGCGACGACUCGUCCUUAACGGGGCUUGUCGUUGUCGACCUCCGCCGGGUUCUAUUGGAUCUGGAGGUGCCGUCCAGUGCAAGAUGAGUGUGGGCGUGGCCGAGCGCUGUUUAAAGAGAUUACUCGACGAGCCCCAGGAUGCGUCGCCCAAAUGCAAAAGAGUCUGUCCGGACGUUCCGCCGCCGCCUCCUCCUCCUGACGCGGGCCCACCGCUUCACCUCAGUCCAGCCAAAAGCCCCUCCCCUCAGUCCAACCAAAGCCAAUCAAAAGUCCGGGUUGGGCCUUACUUCCUGUUUGAGCGCUGCGAGGGCGAGGACACGUACAGAGCGGUGCACGCCGCCACGCAGCAGCAGUACACGUGUCAGGUCUUGCCCCUGUCCAGCUACCAGGAGAAGUUGGCGGUCUACGCCCGGCUGGGUCGCCACGGCAACAUCUGCGGCCUCCUGGACACGGUGAUCCAGCGGGACGGCGCCUACCUGUUCCUGGCCGCCCAUCACGGAGACAUGCACGCGCACGUGCGCAGCAGCAAGCGCCUCGGCGAGGAGGAGGCGGGGCUCGUGUUCGCGCAGAUGCUCGAGGCCGUGGCGCACUGCCACCGCAGCGGCGUGGUGCUAAGGGACGUUAAGCUGCGCCGAUUCGUCUUCACCGACCGAUUCAGGACCCGCGUGGCCCUCCUCGGCCUCACCGACUGCGUCCUCCUUCAGCGCGGCGACUCCGACUCCAUGACGGACCGCCACGGCUGCCCCGCCUACGUGGGCCCCGAGCUCCUGGCCAGCGGCAAGGCGUCGUACUCCGGCUGCGCCGCCGACGUGUGGAGCCUGGGCGUCUCCCUGUACACUAUGCUGGUCGGACGCUACCCCUUCCAGGACACCCGGCCCGCCGCCCUCUUCGCCAAGAUCCGCCGCGGGGCCUUCAGCCUUCCCGGAUGGCUGUCUCCGCCGGCAAAGUGCUUGAUCGGAUGCAUGCUCCGAAAGUCGCCCGCCGAACGCCUCCGGGCUUCCGAGCUGCCGGCGCAUCCGUGGUUGAGCGAUCGCCGCGCGCCGCCGCUCGGGCCGACCCAGCGGCGCGGCUCGGGCCGAGCGCCGGGAUUGAGACACGAGGACGACGACCAGGUGGUGCCCACGUGUGCCGAAAAACACUAAAAAAAACAAUCGCAAACUUCACACUACUCCGGAUUCUGUCCUGGAUUACCCGAGCCUCAAGUGCCUUCAGCUCCCUGCAGCUCCGGCUCCGUUUGAAAAACCAAAUACUCAUUUAUAUUUUACCGAUAUAUUUGCGAGGGACAGGGAUCGAUCCCUGCUGCGAAUUUAUGCGCCACCCCCCAAAAAAGAUAGUUGUCUAUAAACGCCACAAGAUGGCGGCAAAGCAGUAUUUUUAAUCAAAAUGAAACUCCACAUCUUACAUCAACUUAGUUUCUUGACACCAAUAUUGUAAUAUAUUUAAGCAUCUAAAGCAAUUGAGAACAGUUUCUGCUUCAUAAUGCUGACUUAACUGCAGAAAGCGGAACAAAAAAGAUGCCGGCAAAGCACUCUUUUCGUGUAAAUGAAAUUCCCGAACUCGCUUCAACAUAGUUCCUUGACAACAAGUUGCCACAAGAUGGCGGCUUAGCUCCAUGACAUUAAGAUGCCACAAGAUGGCAGCAAAGCAUGAUUUUUAUCCGAAUGAAACUCAAUUCAGCGUUGCUCCUUGACAUCAAGAUGCCACAAAUGAAAGUCCUCAAUUCACUUCAACAUCGUGGCCAAAAUACACUUUUUUUUUUUUGUGGUGAAAUACGUAAUGAGUAGGUUAUCCACUACAUAGUCCACGAUGCAAAACUCCGAGUGCUUAGCGUGGUCACUAUAUCAAAAUCCCUCUACAAAGUGAGAAGGUAGGGAAUCAAUGAAUGAUUCUGAACACUGCAGCUUUUUGUGAAAUGGCCUCAAAUGCUCCAAGAUGGCGUUGAAGACCUGUCUAAUAGAAAUGCAGUGCUUUGGCCCUACUUUGUGACAUCUUGGUGCCAGGGAACUAUGACUUUACUUGAAUUAAUCAUUUAAUUGAUUGAGGAGCUUCUAUGAGACAAGUAGAAAAGUAGUGCUUCGGUGCCAUCUUGUGUCUACUACAUGUCAUAAACCUUUUUUUUGGGGGGGGGCGGGUGGGUGUCAAUUACUCGCCGAUUUUCGCGAUUCGAGGGAGGGCUCGCUCCCUAUUACAUAAUCACAAUUUGUGUUGGGAGCAAAAUGCAUAUUUUUUCCCCAAAACUGCGAUUCAAAGCCCAAAUUUGAAAACAACCACCUCUUGUUCUGCCAGAGUUCUCCUUUUCCCCUCACUAGACUGACGUGUGGUUGUCGUGUGUGUCUUAUGUUUACGCCGCUUGCUCCCGGUCUACCUCGCUUCGUUUCUCCAGGCUAGUCCGUCCGUCCGUCCGUCCCCCCCCCCCCCCCUCCCCCCCUCACCUGACUCUUGACAUGUGGUCGCUCAACAAUGUUUUGUGUUAACAUGUAAAAGGUUUGAAUUUUCCCACCAGAAACUGACUUGGGAGCAGCCGAUGUUUAUUCGAGGCCUACUGUAAAAAAACAAAAGCCCACUUAACAGCUGCAAGAUGAAUACAAAUGUUUCACAAAA